AUGGAUAUUAAAGCUACUAAAUUCCUUACUCUUCUCCACGACUCGUGUGUACGGGUGGAAUUAUUCACAUGGUUAAACUGGGUCCUUCAUGAUUUUAUUACUCAUCCACCGCUCUUCGAUUUUCGUUUCGCCAGUAGGGACAGUGCCAAGGUGGAUGUUGCCGUGGGCCUCAGGGACCGCGCCGACGUUUCUCCCAACGCUCACGUUCGUGUGCUCUCCACCGUCCUUUACGUGGUCGACCUCGGUGGAAAUGUGAAGGAGUCCAUCUUCGGCGAUGAGCUGCGUCGGCACUGGGUUCGCCGUGCCCGGGGCCGCAUAAUCACGGAGCCUUUCCUUGAGAUGAUUGGCAUCCCCUAG